AUGACCGUCGUUACUAGACAGCAUGAGCUCCCCAUAUUUGCACGUCCUCCAAGGACGUGGACCCAGACACUCAAUGGGCUCCUCUUCUUCGUGUUAUUUAUUCCAGGAUGUCUAAUGGUCCAUGCAUUUCAACUUUUAUUUCUACUGCCCUUGAAGCUUUUCUCUUCAAGUCCACGGGCUCGGAAAUUAUAUGACGAGGGGAUACGGUAUACGAAGGGCGCAUUUGCGACACUUAUGAAUUUGAUGAACCAAUGGUUCGCCCCGACACGUCUUUCUAUCACAUUCGAACGGGAAGGACAAGGGAAGUUCACAGAGGAGGAAAUUAGGCACGUUGUCGAACGCGAUGCGUCUGGCAGAGUAAUGGCGUUACACCUACCCUCUAAAGCCGUUGUUAUCGCGAACCAUCAGGUCUACUCUGACUGGUGGUAUGUCUGGUGCCUCACUUACUUUAUGGGAACGCAUAAGGAUGUCUUCAUUGUACUGAAGAGCAGCCUGAAAUGGGUUCCCCUGGUCGGACCAGCAAUGCAAAUAUACAGAUUCAUAUUUCUUGCACGUUCAUGGGCCUCUGACAGACUUCAAUUGUCAUCGAAACUUGCGAAACUCGGCCGAAAAGCGGAACAAGAAGACAAACCAUUCACCUUUAUCCUGUUUCCAGAGGGCACUCUUGUGAGUAAAGAUACACGCCCUAUCAGCAGGAAAUACGCGGACAAGCUUGGCAUUCCUGAUCCACUAAACAUACUGUUGCCUCGAUCGACAGGGCUUCAUUAUAGUCUCCGCUCCCUUGCGCCGCGUAUGUCAUCCUUGAAAUUGAUCGACAUUACGAUGAUAUAUCCAGGCAUACCGCCAAAGGGAUAUGGACAGUCUUUCUACACACUCCGCUCGAUAUUCUGCGACCGCGUGCCUCCACCUGUAGUGCACAUGCAUCUACGAAUAUUUGACGUUGCAAAGGAUGUUCCCAUUGGAGACAUAUCCGGGACGAAUCCCGCGGUGACUCCCAACAGAUCUAUCCACGAGUCUCUUGAAGUGGACUUCCAGAUCAGGAGAAGGUCGCCUUUGAUGAAUGGCUUAGAAAGUUGUGGAUGGACAAGGAUGAUUUUAUCACGAAGUUCCUUAACUCAGAUUACUUUCCCCGCUGGUCAUCAUGGUGCUAUCGAAAUUCCACUGGAACUACGGAGUCACCGCGAGAUACCAGAUGCUUUCUGUUUUCUUACUCCCGCGGCAGUAGGUGUAUUGUGGUCGAGGUUGGUAAAGGCUAUUUUAUGA